UAUUGAUGCUCCCUCGGCCGUCACAUUGGUGCGCCUUCCUGUGUUGUUGUUGUGUGACAUUGCACAUCACCAAAGUGGGAGAAUCCUGUAACCAGCACCGACGACCAAAAUGUCCUCGCUGCUGAAGCCGUUUUCGGUGUGUGAGGGGCCGUGCGAGAGCGGCGGUGUCAGGAGAGGAUGCCCGAGCUCGGCUCCCCAUCAGCCGCCUCCAUCCCGGCGUCUGGCCGCCGCCGCCGCCGCGGGGCUGGGCUCUCUGCCGGCCCACCAGCGGUCGUACGCGCUGAGGAGAAACCUGGCGGCUGCUGCGGUCGGAGGGAGGAAAAUGACGCAUCCAGGAAAGGCCAUUCUUGCAGGUGGCAUUGCAGGAGGAAUAGAGAUCUGCAUCACCUUCCCUACAGAAUACGUCAAGACCCAGCUGCAGCUCGAUGAGAGAGCCAACCCGCCGCGAUACAGAGGGAUUGGGGACUGUGUGAAGUUGACUGUGCAGGAUCACGGACUCAGAGGGUUGUAUCGAGGUCUCAGCUCCCUGCUCUAUGGAUCAAUACCCAAGUCUGCAGUGAGGUUUGGCACGUUCGAGAUGCUCAGCAACCCGAUGCGAGAUGCCACAGGUCGGCUAGACAACACGCGGAGCCUUGUGUGCGGUUUAGGGGCAGGUAUAGCAGAGGCUGUCCUGGUUGUCUGCCCCAUGGAGACACUCAAGGUGAAGAUGAUCCAUGACCAGUGUUCACUCAGGCCUCGCUACAGAGGCUUCUUUCACGGAGUCAGUGAGAUUAUCAGAGAACAGGGUGUGAGGGGGACAUAUCAAGGUCUGACAGCGACUGUGCUGAAACAGGGAUCCAAUCAGGCCAUCCGAUUCUAUGUUAUGAACUUGCUGCGCAAUUGGUACAAAGGUGACGACCCCAGACGAGAAAUGCACCCAAUCGUAACAGCGAUGUUCGGAGCGACGGCGGGGGCUGCCAGCGUCUUUGGAAACACGCCUCUGGAUGUGGUGAAGACCAGGAUGCAGGGUUUGGAGGCCCAUCGCUACAAAAACACAGUGGACUGUGCCUUCCAGAUAUUAAAGCACGAAGGACCACAGGCCUUUUACAAAGGAACAGUUCCCAGGCUUGGCCGGGUGUGCUUGGACGUGGCCAUAGUCUUUGUCAUCUAUGAGGAGGUAGUCAAACUACUUAACAAUGUGUGGAAGACCCAGUAGACAGACCAGAUGGGUGACUGAGGUCCAGAGGGAAGCACAGACCAGUGCCUCAUUGCUACGCACAACUGAACACCUCUAUUCUUCGUACUAGCUCUCUGCAUCGCCCUGAGCAGAUAACAUUUCAUCUUCAUCAAUUUCCACUCUGUUACAUAAUUUAAAUGAUUUGCAGGACGUAUCCUGAACACGGUGAUAAAAAAAAGGGGGAGUGGCUGUAAGCUCAGUUUAGCAUUGCUCUUCUUACUUUCUAGUGGUUGGACUUAGGCAUCAAGAGGAAUUAUUUUAUUUUGAAGGAGACAGGAAAAGGCAAAGUGAAAUGAAGUAAUGAAAUGUGUUAUUCUGUGCGCCUGACCAAACUUGUAGACUCAGUUUCUUGAGUCUUAUUACCAGAAACAUUAUUUAGAGAAGAAACACACAUAUUAUUAACCAAAGGUUCAAAUUAGAGAGAAAAAUAACUUGAGUAGGUUAAAAAAAGGGACCUUAUGUAUGUCUGAUGUUUUAACUUUUUAUGACUGUUGUUACCGUACAUGUUGUAGAGUAAGAAAACACUUUGUACUGAAACCAUAAAUGUGUCUUUCGAUUCACUGAGUACUUACAAUACUGAGCGAAGAAACAGAGAUGCUACAUGAGACAAACAAUCUCGCCGCAGUACUUUAAAAUGUCUGUGCAGUACUUCCAACACAUUUCGGUGUUGUAAUUGCUUACUUGACUGUGCUUGUGGUCUCAUCGCACUGAAACAUUCACAGUAUUUACUCGCUGGUGAUUAACCUUAGAUACUAUUCAUUGUGCUUUUUGUGGCCGCUGCUGACAACAAGAGUAUGGCUGCAUGAAUCCUUUGAUGGCUCCUACGCGAACCGGUCUGGAGUCGGUACCAACCCGGCAGAUUGUUAACAAGUAGCUGUUAAGCACAUGUUGUAGGAAACAAAUCCAUAUGUAGCACAACCUUCACAUGCAGUCUUAAGAGUAGGAGACGCGAGUCGGUUUAUAGUUAGUGAAAAGUUGCUACAUUUUCAACAUCAGACAAGCAUGUGAAGGCUUUAUUUGGGAAUAUAUGACCAGUAAUGCUUUGCUCAGAGCCUGAGUCAGACUGCUGUUUCCAAGCAGGUGCAGCCUGAAGUAUAAAAGUGAAUCCAACAACAGUAAACAUGUAAGCCAUGUGAUUUCAAUGCAUUAGAGCCUUCGGUGGUUUUCUCAUGCUUAUUGAUUCACUCAUCAAACUGUCCUCUAGUCCGAUAUUAUGCGACUUUAAUAUUAUUUGUUUACCUCAAGCUAACUUGCUUCGUAAGCUUUUUGUAUGCUGAUGAAAUUGUAUAAUUGCCAUCUUUAAAUGCACUCAUUCUCGUCUAAUAUAGUGUUUACAUGUGUUGAACGACAUUACAGGGGCAGUAGAUAUGUCAGAGGCUUGAUAACAAAUAACUAGUGUGUAAGCAAGGCUUGGUUUUGAUUGACCCAGUUGCACCAUAUAGCCUUGCACAGAAGCCUUUUACUCCUCUUUGCCAAACUACUUCAGUACAAUCAAAUGUUAUAACCCUGAUAGAAGCAAAUGUUUAUUACAUUUUAAACCAAGAGGAUCAGAAUAUUGUUUCAUUUUUAUGUCUCUAGCAUUUUGUUUUCAUUAACACACAUUUUUACUGUUUAGACUCUUUGCUGGUCUUCAUGAACAGGCAUGUGUAUCUCGUCGUAUAGCAUAUCAGAUUCGGUGUGAUCAUUCACAUUUCAGAGGGUCCCGUUGAGCAGAGGGAAGGAUUAAUUUGUGUUGAAGAAAUAUGUUGGUAUGACAUCAGAAAAGAAAUAUUGUUAAAAAACAUCAAUGCUUCCAGUAUGCUUUACUGUACAUGAUCAUAUGUGGAAGCCCUUGAUGAAACAUAUUAAGACCUGGUUUCAAUAAACUUGUCAUUAAUAAACCUGA